GAGGUACGGAGUAAGCACUUGUCAAAAAGGAUGGAGGGGUAGUCAACGGCCUUAACUGUAAUCAUUCUAGCCCGCUUCUUCCUGUCGUAUCCGCUCCAGGAUCAAGAUAGAUUUAUAUUGCACUUCUUGCCCACGUAUAAUCCAGACAUUUCACAUAGAUCCAACAAAGCUUCCGUACGAACAAGAUGUCCCUCGGACGUACCUUCAAGCUCAACUCCGGCUACGAAAUCCCUGCCGUUGGCCUGGGUACCUGGCUGUCCAAACCUCAUGAGGUCGAAGACGCAGUCGAAGUGGCUCUGCGAACAGGAUAUCGUCAUAUCGACGGUGCCCCUGUCUACCGGAAUGAGAACGAGGUCGGGAGGGGCUGGAAGAAAUCGGGCGUGCCUCGAGAGCAGAUCUUCUUGACUAGCAAGCUCUGGAACACGCACCACCGCCCCGAGCAUGUGGAGGAGCAACUCGACAAGACCCUGAAAGACCUCCAGACCGAUUAUCUGGAUCUAUACUUGAUCCAUUGGCCAGUGGCUUUCGAGUAUGCCGGGGAAGAGCUGAAGCCUGUUGAUCCGGUCACCAAGCGUUUCAAGUUGGCCAAAGUCCCUAUCGGCGAUACCUGGAAGGCCAUGGAGAAGCUUGUCAAGUCAGGCAAGGUCCGUAGUAUCGGAGUGAGCAACUUCACCCAGGAACAUCUCGACGAGCUCCUCCAGACCGCGGAGAUCCCGCCAGCUGCCAACCAGAUCGAGGCGCAUCCCUAUCUGCUACAGCCCGAGUUGAUUCAGUAUCUCAAGGACAAGGUAGACGGUUUCUAUCCUUUGCAGUACUUUUUGUUAUGUGGAUUGAGCACCCCUGACCAGAUACAGGAUAUCCUACCUAUCGCAUACAGUCCUCUUGGCAACAACCUUGCCGGCCUUCCGCGUGUCAUCGACGACCCUUUCAUCAAACAGCUAGCCAGCUCGCUGAACCAAGACCCCGCCACAUUGUUGAUCUCUUGGGCCGUGCAACGUGGUACUGCCGUGCUAUCCAAGAGCGUGACACCAUCUCGGAUUGAGAGCAACUUUCAGGAUGUCAUCCUUCCCGAGCACAUCUUCGAAACUCUAAACAGGCUGGAUCGCCAUUUGCGGUACGGAUUUCCGUUCCAGUGGGGCCUGGACGUCUUCAAGGAGGUGGGCGCAGAGGAGACCGAGAGGCGAGCGGAGGAGUUUGCCGCGAAACAACGACAGCAGUCAUAAGCUCCCCCCCUCGGUUUAGUUUCGGGAGGUCUGUGAUAUAUAUAGCGCCACUGACAGUAUCCCCCUAUGAUGGCAUAUACUUCUCGAGAGAAAAGUCUACGUGUAACGACCCAACUCACUCUUGUCAGCAACACAUGAGUUGUCUCCAGGAUAGAUAAUGGGUUAGACGUGCAUGAAAAUGCACCCAUGCAUGCAAA